CCCGGGAAGCCGCCACUCACUCACGCAGGUAUCUGCGUGGCUAGGCUGUACCAGAGACAGUUUCCACCCUGGUGGCUACCAUUCAAGGUGGCCUCCCCCCGCCCCCCUCCCUUUACCCGAGAAGCCAGCCCUUGGACACCUGCUCUGCCUUUCCAGUCUGGGAUCUGGGAUUCCUUCUUUUUGAAGCCAACCUCUGGAUCCUGCCUUUUGAAAAGCAGCACUAGGUUCCAGCCCUCUCUUGCUCCGUGUCUCCCUCGAGGGCCUCAGUCCUGGGCCAUGGCCCGACGGGCAGGCCUGGGGCUUGGGCAGCAGCUGCAACUUUUGGCCUUUCUGCUUUUUGUUGGGUUAUUCCAGUGUGGGACAGGAGCUGCCCAGGCUGAAGCAGUGUGUGGUGUCAUCUCCCAGGCUCGGAUCACGGGGGGCAGCAGUGCGUCCCCUGGGCAAUGGCCCUGGCAGGUCAGCAUCAACUACAAUGGAGACCAUGUGUGUGGCGGGUCCCUCGUGUCUGACCAGUGGAUACUGUCCGCCGCUCACUGCUUCCCCAGGGAGCACUCCAGAGAGGACUACGAGAUCAAGCUGGGAGCCCACCAGCUGGAUGUUUACAGCCAGGAUGCCGAGGUCCGCACGGUGGCUCAGAUCAUCUCCCACCCCAGCUACCGUGAGGAGGGCUCGGAGGGCGACAUCGCGCUGGUGCGCCUCAGCAGCUCCGUGCCUUUCUCUCGUCAUAUCCGGCCCAUCUGCCUGCCGGCUGCCAACGCCUCCUUCCCCAAUGGCCUCCGCUGUACGGUCACUGGAUGGGGCCAUGUGUCCCAAUCAGUGAGCCUCCAGUCCCCCAGGCCUCUGCAGCAGCUGGAGGUGCCACUGAUCAGCCGGGAGACUUGCAGCUGCCUUUAUAACAUUGGUGCCAAGCCGGAGGAGCCCCACGUCCUGCUGCAGGACAUGCUCUGUGCCGGCUACGUGGAGGGCCGCAAAGAUGCCUGCCAGGGCGACUCUGGGGGCCCGCUCUCUUGCUCUGUGGAGGGCCUCUGGUACCUGGCUGGCAUUGUGAGCUGGGGUGAUUCCUGUGGAGCCCCCAACAGGCCUGGAGUAUACACUAUGACUUCCAGCCAUGCCUCCUGGAUCCACCACCAUGUGGCAGAACUGCAGCCUCGGGUGGUGCCCCAAACCCAGGAGUCCCAGCCUGACGGCCACCUCUGCAACCACCGCUCGGCCUUCAGCUCUGCUCCAGCCCAGGGCUUACUAGGAGGGCCUGUCCUCCUCCUGCCGCUGGGCCUGAUGCUCAGCUUCUUCUACCCUUGACAUGAGCGCUUCUUUACCCUGGAAGCUGACCUCCCCUUCCAGGACCAAGGACACGUUCCUGUUCACAAGGAAGGACCUGGGCCCGGGCCUGGCCACCAGGGCUCUGCCGGAGGCCAGGCACCUCCUGAUCUUUGAGCCUAUUCUUCUGGAUUUCUUCUCUGGGAGUAUAACCUCGGAUCAAGAGUGUCAAGGCCUGUGGUACUGGCUAGAACCUGGGCUCCCAGGAACUCUCAAGAAGCCUCGGUUGUGAGCCCUAGCUUCUAGCCCGUUUCUAGAAGAUUGGGGCAGCUGCCCGCUGCUGCUGAAGGCUGGCCCACCCUCCCUGCCUCAUGAGCCCAUCAUUCAGCCUGCUCUUCCCGUGCUCCGAGUUUGCCUGCGCCUGCCAUGGGAAAGGCCCCAAUCUGGCCCCAUUGCCUCUGAGCUCCUCUUAAGCCCUGACUCCCGGACUCCGGAGGACUGAGCCCCCACCGGAGCUGGCUGGGGCUUGGGUCAGGGUGGGAACAGGAGGAGUAAAGUGUUCUGAGCAUGG